ACUUCCGCGUCGCCGUCCCGUCAUGGCGCCUGUGUGUUGCCGCUCGCACCGGGCAGCCGCUUCUCGCUCGGGCUCCCUUCGCUCCCCGAGCACGCAGCGGCUGCCCUUGUUGCUGCUGCUGCUGCUGCCCGUGCUGCUGCUGUUGCUGCUGCCCGCGAGUCACGCUCUGGGCGCUGGCGAGGACACGACGCGGGAGCAGUUGCUGCUGAAGCCGCUGAGUCCGGGUUUCGUGUCCGCCUUGUUCCACGUGGAGACGAGGGCACCGCGGGGCAGCGCGAGAGAGCAGCACUAUCGGCUGUUCCCCCGCCCGCUGGGCUCCGUGCUGUCCCGCUACUGGGUUCGGGAGCUGCACCUCUCGCUCACCGUGGGGGCCUGGAGAGGGGAUUCCUGGGGGACCUCUCCGGCUCCCGCCCCGCAUGGCGCCCAGCUCUGGGUCUGGUUCCAGAACGACGUUCCAGACGUUGACGCCGCCUGGCAGGAUCUCGUCAACGUCCUCUCGGGGAUGUUCUGCGCCUCUUUAAACUUCAUCGACGCCUCCAACACUGCAUCUCCGGAGGUCUCCUUCCGGCCUUCUGGACCUGCGAACAUCACGCAGCGGAGGCUGUUGAGGUACGCGGCCCUUCCCAGGGAGGUCGUGUGCACGGAGAACCUCACACCAUGGAAGAAGCUACUCCCCUGUGGAUCUAAGGCCGGGCUGGCUACGCUGCUCAACGGAGGGAAGCUCUACAACUCCAACUUCCACUCGCUGGCCGUGCACGUGCAGCCCACGCCCACCGAUCCGCAUUGUAACGGGGAGUGCUGGGAGCUCACUCAGUCCCUCCUGGUCGUUUUCGACGUCUUUCCUGCCAAAAACAGGAAGCCAGAUUGGUCGCUGUCCUCCCUGUUUGGACGGGGUCUCACCGAGCCUUGUCCCCUCGCCUCCAACAGCACCUUGGUCCUGGAUCUAAGCCGACUCUCCACGGCCGAGGGGAAGUUCCAGGUGUCCCCUUUGCCCCCCGGGGUGAAGGCCGAGGACCCCCGGGGCGCCGGGGUCCUCGUGUACGACCUCAAGGACCCCGCCACCUUCGCGACCAGCUCGCGCGUCAACGUGGCGCUCAAGUGGAGCGCGCCGCCCACGUGGGGAGGGGGCGAGGGGCAGGUGGUGCAUGUGGAGCGAUUUCUCACCGGGUACGGGCUGCAAACGGGCGGCAUCGCCACGCUCGUACACAACACUCACAGCAGCCAGGGCGUGACCGCUCUACUCAUGCUCACCGUGCCCUGGUACCUGAGGCUCUACGUACACACCUUGAGCGUCAGCACGCGUGGCAGAGACGUCGUGCCCAGCUACGUUGGCUACGUUCCGGCCCAAGGCCGCCGUCCCCACCUCCUGGAGCUGCUGCUGCAGCUUCCGCCGCGUUCGACGACGCGCGUGACGCUGAGCUUCGAGCGCGCGCUGCUCACGUGGACCGACUACCCCCCCGACCCCAAUCACGGCUUCUACAUCGCGUCUGCUGUGGUCACAGCGAUGAUGCCUAUUGAUGUCGGAGAGCAGAGCCCCGUGUCUUUGAUCGAAGGAACUGGUGGACUGGAACACUCCUACAGGCCUCUGUCGCUGGAGCGGGGUGUGUCGCGGGUCUACACUCCCCCGCUGCUCAUCUCCCUGCCUACGCCCGACUUCAGCAUGCCCUACAACGUCAUUUGCCUCACCUGCACCGUGCUCGCCGUCGGCUUCGGCUCGCUGCACAACCUGCUGACGCGACGCUUCACUGUCGCGCAGCCGGCUCCCGCCUCCCGGCUUGUCACGCGCCUCGCCAACGUCCUGCGCCAGAUGCGUGGGGUGCCGCCGCUGCAGUGAAACUCCGGCGGCGCCGGCGGCGCAAGCGAGGGGUUUGCGACCUGGCCACAAAUGACAGCUCGAUGAGGUGGCUUAUCGCGUGGGAAUUUAUAUAGCGGCCAAAUUACUUUGAAACUCGCCGUCGAUUCUAAACGUGGAGGGAAACACCGGUGGACCCGGAGGAAAAUCCGCGUGACCACGGGGAAAGAGAGACAUGCAAACUCCAAAUAUACAGCAGAUGUCGGGGCCGGAAUCGAACCCACGACCUCCUGUAUACCAGGCGAGGGAGAUAACAUCUCACCGCCGCAGCACCCCCAGUUAACUUGCAUUCUGCGUGUGUGUGCGUUGUUUCGCCUUACGCGUUGCUAGGACCUGCUUCUUCAGGAAUUGACUGUUGUUGUUGUGCAUACCGGGAGCGUCUCCUCGUCAUUGCUACGGCCGAGGUCAUAAUUGCGUUUUUUGCAGGCUUUCCGCACACGUGAAUGGAAUUCAUAUUUCAACUCUAUUCGGCUGCGACCGCGCAUGCCGUUCCCGAAUAGAGUUGAAGUUUGAGCGAGAUUAUUAGGUUGCUGAAGAUGCUGCCUGCAUGUGGAGCGAAAUGUCAGACAUCGUCCCAAGUGACACGUGGUACGACCCGAAGAACUGACCGAUGGCCUUGGCUGUGGCAAAGUGAUCCAGUACCGGACACAUUACGGCAUGGUACCAAUAACAAAAUUGGAAAUGGGAUGAAAAAGAAAAUCUUAAAAAAAAAAAUUGCACACGUGUUGAAGUUAUUUAUGUUUUUUUACUUUACAAAACCGAAUGUAGUCGUGUCACUGUACCGUCACCUCUCGAUUAUCCGUGAGUGGAUGAUGCGGGUUGCAGAUUAACCGCGCUUGCGGAUAAAAAUUGUGUAAACCUCUUUGAACAUCCUUUGUUAAUAACAAACGCGUUGGCAGGUAAACGAUGAAGAAGCAUUCAAAAGAGUCGACACAUUCUACGUCCGUACCUCCACUCGACGUAUGCCUGUUUCUAUCGUCCGGUUUACAUGUUUUGUAGGUUGUUGAUGCCCGGAUUGAUGGCGUUGGAGGAAUUGCAGAUUAUAAGUAAUCUGCCAGAACCCGCAACGAUCGCACUUCCUUGUGGCUGAAGACCGCAGGAGCUGUAAGCAGUGAUGAGUUGAGCACCAAUACUGAAUCGGAAGCAGAAUUUUGAUGCUGGUAGGAACCACCUGGUUCCACCAGCCCACAGGGGAUUAUUGUGUCCGUCCAUCGUGCAUGGAAAAUGGGA